GGGCCGGGCGCGCGGCGCCGCUUCUUAACGCGCGUCGCGGGCGCGGCGGGAGCGCUGAGCGCCGCGGGGCCGCUGCCGCUGUCACCGUCCCUGUCGCGACAUGAGCGAGAGACAAGGAACCGGGGCUACAAAUGGGAAAGACAAGACGUCUGGUGAGAAUGAUGGGCAAAAGAAGGUCCAAGAGGAGUUUGACAUAGACAUGGACGCGCCAGAGACAGAGCGGGCGGCCGUGGCGAUACAGUCCCAGUUCAGAAAAUUCCAGAAGAAAAAAGCGGGGUCCCAGUCCUAGUAGCUACCUCACAGCUCAAAACAAAGUAAUCCUGAGAUGAUUUAUCAAGAUCAGAAAUAACACAAAGAUGCAUGUACAGAAAUUAUCAAUAUUUAAAACCCCAUUGGCAGAUAAGAACCCAUGAGCUUGUGUGCGACUUCAUCCCCCAGAUGUUUCACGGCCAUUAUCCUCUGUAACUCACCAUUUUACUUGAUGUUGUAAUAAAAAGUUAGGGUGAAGUAAUUAAAGUGUCUGCCUUCAUCUGUCUUUCCAUAUUAAUCCAGCAAGUGCAGCGUUACAAAUGAGCCCAGCCCAGAUUCCUGUUUCCCUCUCCACCUAAAGCUCAGAGUCAUAACAGCACCGUAUGUUGCAGGGAUUUUUGCUGAGGGAUGAGAUAGAUGCAUCUCAGCCCUGCUUCCCUCAUUUGGAGAAUUCCAGCUGCCAGCAAAAUGUGAAAAUAAAAUUACUUUCUCGUAAUGAGCUGAAAGUAAAAAACAAAACAAAACAAAACAAAAAGUUGCAGGCAGAAGCUGGCAUGAGGGGUGUAGGAAGCAGGGAGCAGUUUAUUUUUGUCUUGCAAGUGUGUCAAUAAAGUGGUUUGAGUGGGGGAAUUGUGCCUGUCCUUCUUCCUCUUUGCAUGAUAACAUUCAGAGAUCUUGGACCACAUUGACUGUUAUGGAAAGAAAAUAAUAAACCAGACACAAAAUACC